AUGUCAUACCUGGUCUGGCUUGUGACCGGUUGCUCUCCAGGCGGCUUCGGAGAGUGCUUCGUGCACAGCAUCCUCGCUCGUGGGGAUAAAGUCAUUGCUACGGCUCGCAAUCUGGAGAAGAUUAAGCACCUUGGGAAGGCUGGAGCAGCUGUCCUUCAGCUGGAUAUCACCGACACCCAGCAAAACAUCAACAACACCAUUUCCAAGGCUAUCAGCGUCUAUGGUCGGAUCGACGUCUUGGUGAACAACGCCGCGUAUGUUGCCAUUGGGACCUCGGAAGACUUAGAAGCCGAUGACUUUCAAGCUCAAUUUGACACAAAUGUCUUCGGUACCAUCAAGGUAACACGUGCCGCCUUGCCUCAUUUUCGACAGCGACGUGCAGGGACAGUGGUAUUCAUCGGCUCGCUUUCCGGAUGGAUAGGACAUCCAGGUGUUGAUGCCUACGCUGGAUCAAAACAUGCACUUGAAGGGAUUGUCGAAAGCCUUCACCACGAGACGUCCCAUCUGGGCAUCAGGACACUUCUCAUAGGGCCAGGACGCUUCCGCACCCUACUCCUCUCCAGCCAAAACAUGAAAGCCGCCCAGACCAAAGUUGCCGACUACAACGACUUCAGUCACGCUCUUCUUACCGGUCUGGCGAAAGAGGACCAAAGACAGCCAGGAAAUCCUGUGAGACUUGCUGAGAUUGUCGUUGACCUCGUCCGCCGGGAAGGCCUUGCUCAGGGACGAGAGGUUCCAUUCCGACUUCCCCUCGGCAUUGACUGCUUCGAUGAAGUACAGGCCAAGUGCGAAGAGACGCUGAAAUUGCUGGAAGACUGGAAAGACGUCUUACGUAGUACGGAUCACAAUGAUCAGACGAAGUAA